AUGUCAUCAUAUUCGCCCAAGUUCGGUCCACUCGUUCCCGCCGGAUUGGUUGGAUUCAUCGGAGGUGCCUUGCCCUUUCCUUUGCCUCCUCCCGGACCCGGUCCCGGUGCUGAUCCCGAUCCCUUUCCCGGUUUCGCUGCCGGUGCUGGUCCUGGUCUGCCUCCUCUGUUU